UGCCAUUCCCACCCUCUUCUUCCACAAUUCAAACGGCUCCUAAACCCUACUUUGUAUUUCUCUCUCUCUUUUUCAAGUCCGACGGCAGAAAUGAAAUCGGCGGCGUUACCUUCUUCAGUGGAAGCUUUGAGAAAUGGAGAAGGAAUCGCCUCCGCCCUAUCUUCUUCCGAUCAGUCUCGUCUAUUGCUUGCCACUAGACCUCCCAGGCAAGUAGUAUCGAUAUUAACUUGUUCAAAGCUAUGUGGUAUUUGCUUUGUUGCCGGGGUGGUGGUUGGUUACUCGUUAAAGCGACGCGUGAAUCGAUGGGUUUCCAAGCUAUUGAGGAGAUUAAAAGAGGAUUGAUAAGUCCAUCCCUUUGUUCUGGUAUGCCACUUUCAUUGAUUAUAAUUUAUAGAAUUGAAUUACUGAUUUGUUGCCCAAUUUAGAGCAGGAAGAUGAACAUUCCUAGCUCAUUACCGGCUCAUUAUUGGACAAUUACUUGUUCACAAGCAUGGAGUUAAUGAUUUGAAUUUUCCAUCUAAUGAAAAAUCAUUUUUGCUCCA